AUAGGAAAAACAACAAAAAAGUGGGAGAGAGCGAUGGGAAAACAAAUCUCUCACAGCCUGCUAGCUCCAAUACGGCAGCUGGCGCCUUCCCCCGGAGCCGCGAAGGUCGUCCCCGGGGAGGAGGGAGAGCGACCCGGCCCCCGCUGGCGCCUGCGCACUGGCGACGACCUGGGGCGGAAGCGCCGGCAUCUACACUCUUGCGCACUCCGUGAGAACCGCCCGAUUAAAUAUGUUUGUUUUCUAUGGCUGCUGAACCUAUCCCAUGGUGAGAGAUACCGCAUCCCCGGGGGUUGGGACUCUUCGCUAUCCCCCUCCUCCGCCGGCACUCCGAAGACAGCCCCCCGUGAGGGCGCCCAAAGCUCGGGGUCCUGGGUUUCUAUGGCGACACGCAGGCGCUCCGGGAAAGGGCGAGGCGCUAUGUCCGGCGGGAAACACAAUCGGCCGGUAGCGGCUGUCUCUGUUUCCCAUCACUUCUGGACUGUCAAAUCCCAGUAGGGGGCUGAUUUGUUUCUAAGUCCGCUUUCUGGAGCGGUAUUUCCAAUGACCAGAGAGUGGUAGGAAGCCUUGACUAAUAUGUCUCUUCCGAAAACGUCCUCCACAUCGCUAACCUCCAUGUUAACGCAUGAGGGCAAAAAAUUAAAAGUCUCUGCAUCCAAGGAGGAGACAGGACUUCCUGAACUAAAGGAAAAAAAAAAUAUGGUGGAUCGUUCAAAACCCCUUCCUACAUCCCUUCAGAAUGAGUUCAUCCCUGAGGAAGUUCUUCUUUCUCUGACCUAUGCCGCCAAUGCUGGUCCUUGUCCUGAAAACUUAUUGCCCCCUAAGAAAACUAAAACCCCAAAAGGCACUCUUCCGCGUCAGACUGACCAGGUCUGGUAUCACCCUAUUCGAAGAAAUAAGUUCAAAUACCUGAUUGAUCAUCCUGUUUCCCUAACUGGUGCCGGAAGGGAUAUUUCUUUCCUGUAUGAUGUUAAAUACGUUAAAGGUGAGGCCAGGGAGAGUUCACUUUGUCCCCCACGCUUGGAACGAUCAUUACAGUCACAUGAUGGUGUCAUUGUGCCUCAUAAGACAAAGAAACUAACAGAUACUUUGGUUCCUGAAGAAUUUCAUAUUGUGUCAAAUACAGGAGUUUCAGGUUUGGAGUGUUACGAUGACAAAUAUACUACUCUCCUCACAGAUAGUGAAAACAGGCUGUUGCUCUUCCCAUCCAUGAAACCUAAUAAAAGAGUUGAAGUGGUCCAGCUGAAUGACGUGAUGGAUGCUAUGCUAGAGAGGUCUGGUGUGGAAAAUCAGGAAUAUACAGGGCCAACCAAGAUGCACAAACUACUACAUAUGUUAAGGAAGGAACAGAACAUUUACAAUACAGUAUUUCAUGAACUAAUUCGGCAAGUCAGUGUGGACUGUGCAGAUAGAGGAGAACUACUGUCUAAAAUCAGAGAGCGGUAUGUACAAAUGCUUGACCAAAUUGCCAGACAGAUGAUUGAGUUCUACAAAGACUUGGUAACUCAGCGAAUGAUGGACCAGCGCAUUCUAGAAGAGCUGUACAAUUUUAAGAAUGUUAUUGAAGAACUGACCAGGGAGUUGUGUCUGGUUCGUGCACAUGAUAUGAAAUUAACAAAGGAAGCAGAGAAGGCACACAAGGAUUUGGCGCAAGCUCUUUUAGAUGCUGAAAAGAAUGCCAGGGUUGUAGAAGAAUACCAUGACUUAUACACAUUGCAAAGAGGAAGGAUGGAGAGUGAUAUUAAACAGUUAAUGGCCGAAAGAGAUCUUUGGAGCUCAGCCACAUAUGAACUGGCCCUAAAGGUAAUUGAAAAAAAUAGAGUCAUAUUGGCCAAAAGACUUUACCUCAAUGAAAAAGGUUGGAAUAAAUAUACUAAGCAUUUCAUCAUACUGCUGUCAACCAAGGACACUGCAGACCUUGCACUAUUGCAGAAAUUGACACUGAAAUGGAGAAGCUCAAUGAAUAAAUUUAAAAAUGAAGUGGAACAAAAUGAAGAGUCUACAAGGGAGAAAUUGCAAACUAUUAUGGAUAGUCUUACCAAAUGGCAGGAGUUCCUCCGAAAUGACGGAAAAGACAUUUCAUCUCUUAAUAAAGAAAAUACAUUUGAAUCAGUUAUUGCAGACUUCAAUCAGUGGCAAAAGGUGUUAACUGAAGAUAAAGACAAGUAUACUGGGUAUUUGCUAGUGUCAAAAUACGAUUCUCUCAAGAUUAUUAAACAUUUACAGGAAAACUGGACAGAUAUUGGGUUUGGGAUAUUGAAUCGCCACAAAAGUAUGGAGGGGGAUAUGCCAUCAGAGCUACAGUACAUGCAGGAAAUUGUGAAAACCAUAGGAAGACUCUAUAAAGAAUUUGAAAUAAGAAUAAAUGGGGAUAAUGGUAUAUCUAAAAUUCUUUCAAGUUUGGUUAGUUCUCUAGACUUCUGUUCUUUCAAGUUGGUAAAUGGCCUGCAGUUUCCUGAUAUGCUUCAUGAAGAAUGGGAAAGACUUAAUGGAAAAGUUAAUGAAAUGAAAUCGCAGUUGGAUACAUCGAUAAACAUUAUUGGUACUGUUCCUCAGUAUAUGGAUGUGGAUUCUGGCCCGGUACUUCAAGCACAAAUAUUUAACAUGAUUCAACAAUGGCUUUUGAAGAUAAGCAAUGAAAUUAACAAUGGUAACAUUGAACUUCAGCGCCAUAUGGAUGAAUUGCAUAUAUCUAUGAUCCAGUGGAUGGUAAGCUUGUUGAUUUUAAUGGUGCCUGACUUCACUGACCAAAACACUCUCCCAAAUUUGAGGGAGGAAAGUGCUGAGAAACAUAAUCUGGGAGUUGCAAAGUUGGAGCUAGACGCAAUUGCACUGGCCAGAAGGUUGGCGCAAUAUUCCAGCUAUUUGAACAGUUGUUGCAAAGGCAUGGUAACAGCUAUGGCCCUGAAUAAGGCAGGUCACUUAGAAAAAAAUCCUGCUAAGGAACUUCACGAGCUGAAUGAGAUGAAGAAAGAAUGUUAUGGGUGGAUCACCACAUGUUCUCACCUUCUUUCUGGGAUCAAAGGCAAAAAAGUAACGUUACUGACAAGGGAAGAAAAAGAACAUCUAUUUGGAGAAGAGGAUUUUUUAAAAGAAUUAAUUGAACCUGAAAUAGACAGCCUUUUUACUUUUGGAGAAGAGGGAGAAGAAAGCAUGAAGGAUAAUUUUCAGAUGCAAAAGGAAGAAGAGAAGCCUUCAACAUCCAAGGAGGAGGAAAAACUCAUUCGAGUAAUUGAAAAAGAUGAAAAUAUUUAUUCUAAACCUCUAUUUGAAGCAAAUAUAUUCUCUUCCUGGAGAGAAUCAGCGAAGCAAGGCACAUUGGCCCCAAAGUAUCUCGAAGCAAUGGCUAUCAUUGAACGCACACAGGAGAAGUUACUAGAGGUUGAAAGCAGAGCCAGACAAGCAGAGGAAAAGUUUGAUGAUGUAAAUGAGAAACUUCAUUAUGCCCUUAUAAGAAAUAAAGACCUGGAGAGAGAAUUAGAGACUAUUUUGACGAGUUCUAGACAGAAGGAGUUUGAAGGAAGGGAAGAAGAAAAUGAAGGAGAAAGAGAAGACAGAGAAGAUGAGGAAGAUGAUGACGACGAUGAUGAAGAAAUCAAGCCAAUAGAACAUUUGCCAAAAUCUCUAAAGAGAGAGGUACAACGUAAGGAAGGUCCUCUCAACCCUAAACCCAGAGCUCGGACUAAAUCCAAGACCAAGUCCAAGUAGCAUCCUUUGGGCGCUGGGCUUCAGCAGGGCUCCCCUCACUGACCUCUGUGAGCUACUGAGCUGACUGUGGCUCAGCUGGAGGGACUCCCUGUGCAACAGCUACUAGAAAAGUCACGACGUAUAAUGCAAGAAUAUUUUCUCUUUGAACGUCACAGUGAAGGCUGUAGGGAAUAAGUGUGUUAGUUUAUCUCCCAGAUUAAAAAUGGCUUGUUCAAAAAUUUGCUGGCCUCUUCAAAUGAUUUCCUAACAGAGGUCUGUGGAAAGGGUCAGUUUCUGUCAAGAAAAUAAUGCUUUUUGAAGACUCUGAACUCUUGCAGAGAGGAGUGGCAAAUACAAAGGAUUAUUUUUUACAGUUUAAAAGAGAGGAGCCUGAUAAUGUUCUUGGGUUUGGGCAGCAUUUUCAGACUUCUUGUGAUUUCAGGCAUGUUUAUGAUUUGAUUUUCACAAUAACCCUACAAAGAAGAUGGGGGGAGAUGCUGUUAUUAUCGCCAUUUCUCAGAUGAACUGAGUCCCGCCCCCUCCCCCACAAAUGGUUAUAAGACUCCCUAAGGUCACAGAACUGAUGGCUGUUGGAGCCCACUGCUUACUGGACCUGUGUCUGGAUGUUUGACAGUGGUGAUGGGUUACCGGGCCACUGUUCAGAUGGUUUCCUUCACAGGGUGAGGACGGAAGAUUGUACUGAAAUUUAAGAAUGCUGUUGAAGAUUCACCCAGAAUCGCCAUUUUUUGCUUUGAUUGCUUCACUUGUCUGCUCUGUUCAUGACCCCGGAUCCAUCGAGGCAUUAGAGAUGGACUAACCGGCAAAAAUAAGUUGCGAGUGACAAGUGGACAUUUGGGGCCGGCACUUGGCAAGGACUCCUUCUCUACUGCUCCCGGGGCACUUGGAUUUCCUCUGAUUUCUGGGUCCAAACACCUAGGCGCCUGCUUUGACUCCACAUAUUUGGUGUUCUUUUGAAUUUAUCUCCUGGAAUUUUAGACCCUUGCCUGUUGCCUAAGCCUCAGAAACCCUGUGACCCGGAGUCCCCAGCCAUUUUCAGCUCAGUCCCGGGCCAGGCCUACCUUGACCAUCAUCGAAGUGUAGUGUAGAAUGUAGUGUAGAAUGUAGUGUAGGAUGUAGUGUAGGGGUUAAAAAAAAUGCAUGGGUUCUGUCCACCUCAGCCCACUGGAUGACUCUUGAAGUCUGAGGGAGGAAAACAUGACUUCAGACAGUCGGCUGUGCUUGUGGCUCCGCUGAAAGCUGGAACUGACACUGUGAGCUCACGCUUACAGUCCUUGCUUUCUGCUUUCCCAAAGAGAUUCUUAGGUGAUUCUAGCAAAUUUGGAGGCUUUUUGGUCGGCCUUCUGAAUACUUCUUUUUUUUUUUUUUUUUUUUUUUUUAAGAUUUUUUUUGUUUUUUAGAGAGAGCGCAUGAGCAGGGAGAGCAGUGGGCAGAGCAGGCAGAGGGAGAAGCAGGCUCCCCACGGAGCAAAGAGCCUGAUUCACCAAACUAGAACACAGUGUGGGCAAAGGAAAUGCCCAGAAGAAAAUGAGGGUGGUGGUAAGAGGGCAUCACAGAUGUUAGGUUUUAAAAAGCAGGGUGCUACAGGAAAGGUGUCUAUGCCGGUGCCCCUGAAAAUUCGCUCAGGCAGCUCUGCUUUCCCAAGCAGCUGAUGGGUGGGAAGGUUGAGCUAGUCCUCCAGACCUUGCCACACCUUCUCAGAGGGACCCUGCGCCAGGCUCCCAGACAGAGUGGAGGGAGGGGCACUUGGCGCACAUGGCUGGUGUCUGGGUUGCCAGGGGAGGCUGUCCUGCUUGUGCAAGGGGAGACCAGCAACUCUGCUCAGAUGUCCAGACAGAGGCGCACAGCUCAAGGAGCAGCACAUCUAUAAAACAAAUGCUUGAAAUAGUGAGGUGGGAUUCUAACACAAGAGACCCCUGUGCCAGUUCUUAACCUGGUUCUGUCCAAGAGCAAGCCCCCUGGGGGCCGGAGCUGCUGGCCCUCAGGGCAACCAUGGGAGCAUGGGGGGCCCUGUGGAGGGGCCAGACUUCCAUCCGGAUCCAGCUGGAUCACUGCCAUUGAGGGCUACUAGUUUUAACUAGAAAAACAUUAACAGUCAUUUCCUGAGGAUUUACUUCGUGUAAGCACUGUACUAAGCGCUUCGUAUGUUCUCUCAUUCAAUCACCACAACUCUGUGAUGUGGGUUAUACUUUUAUCCCCAUUGCUGCCUGGACAAGUAGCACGGUUACGGUUACACAUCUCGUGAGUCUGGAGUGAGUGGUGUCCAGCAGCAGGGCCCAAGUUCGCAGUUAGAGUGCUCUCUUGCCUCUCCCAGUCAGAAAAAGCUGGAUGUGCAGUUGAUAACCCCUCUUUUUAAAGGAUCUGAUUUCCGUAUCCUUUACUUAUUGCUCUGCUCAGCCAACCACUGAGUAACUGCACGGGCACACAAGCCAAAAUUCUAGACACACCAGAACUUCACAGACCCAGAAGACUCUGCCAAAGAACACUGGAGCCACCAGGAAGAAUCUAAUAAGGAGGAUUGUACCUCCUCAGCCAUCCUGACCUGGUCCUCAGAGAGACCGGAUGCAGAUGCAUAGACUGGGCCUCCCUGAUUUAGGGGAGUCCAGACGCUAGGGCUCCAGGGCCACGCUGAUUCUCCUGGGGAGCCAGGGUGGGCCUUGAAGUUUCUAACGAGGGCCUGCAAAGCUUCCUUCGAGCUGACCUCUUUCUGGUGAGCUGGAGUGCCAUCGACCUGCAGGCUGCCAGCCACUCAGUCACGUGCCUGCAGGGCAAAUGCAGGUCUGGACAGACCUAAGAGUCCCUGCCCAUUGCCAAGUGCCCUGGAACACCACCGUCACAGAAUCUGUCAAUCAUGCCACUCUCACGGCCAUGUCAUUUUGGUCAUGGUGGACUCCAGCUCCAAACUGAAACACCUUCUCUCCUUUUAUCAUCUUACUCCCUCCCAUACACUCCAACUCCAGUGUCACCCCAGAAUUCCUGUGUUGAAAUCCUAACCUCCAAGGUGAUGGUCUGAGGAAGUGGGGCCUUAAGCAGGUGAUAGGUCAUGAGGGUGAAGCCCUCAUGAAUGGGACAAGUGCCCUUUUACAAAAGACCACAGAGAGCUCCCCCCCACUUGUGCCAUGUGGGGACACAGUGAGAAGACACCUCUCAGAACCAGACCUUGGGCCAAUACUAGAUGCCAGAUCUUUUGGUAUCUUGGACGUCUGAGCCCCAACUGAGGAAUUUCUGUUUUUCGUGAGCCAACUUAUGGUAGUCUGUUAGAGCAGCCUGAACUGACUAAGGCACCACUGCUCCAUUAAUAUUAAAUUUCUGGAGAAAAACUUCCCCAGUACAUAUCUUAGUCUUGUAUUAUACUGUCCAACUUGUCCUCCACCUGUCAUUUCAAGGUCAGUAACCAGCCAGAAGGCAGCACCUGGAUGUCAAGAGGAGACUGCUGCUGGGACCUUGCAGACAGCACUGUCAGCUUGCUAGUCUCUGAAGAACGUCCCUUGACCAUUCACAGCUUCAUACAACUUAUUUCCCAUCCAUCAAGCACUCCCAUGCCAAUGGUCACUUAAUAGCUGAAGAUAUCACAGGCUGCUUGAGCAGACCUGGAAGGAGCCUUUUGGCAAGCUAAUGAGUAAUUUAAAUGUUGACUGAGCCAGACAGCAGAGGAAACCAGCUAGUGGGUGAUACCCAGACCUGUAGUUAAAUCUGCCUUUGACAAAAAGAGUCAUGCUACAAGGAAUUCUUAAGGGUCUUAAAAGCCAUUAUCAUUACCUUAUUAUAAUUAUAUUAUAUAUAAUAUAAUUAUAUUAUUAUCAUUACCUUAUUAUAAUUAUUCUGUUCCUAGCUCUUGCUAUGCCCGAAUCAGCAUGACCCUACCUCCUCCUCCAUUAUUUAUGACAACAUCUGCCAACCUGAGAUCAGGAGCCAUCUCUAUGGGGUAAAAACUGACCAAAAACCCUCAAUGCCAUCUUAACUCCAAUAACCAGUACAUUGGGAUGGGUGUGGGCCAACACAGUGGUCAUGAGAAGUACUUCCCACUUCAGGGAUGCUCUAACUGGUCCUUUAAAUGGGCUGGGUCGUCAAUGACUGUGCCCUGGCUGGUCCACAAAAGCAAACUGCAAACCCUAAUCUGUUAGAUAUUGUAGGAAAUCACCCAGGAAUUUCCCCCAUCUCUCGAAUCCUAUCUAUUGCUCCCUCCUCAGUGCUUGAUUUCCUCUCUGUUACCAUAUUUUUGGCAGAUUUUGGCACCUGUUUUUGGCUUACUUGGAUUUGACACCCUUUUGGAUUCCAUGUUUUGUAUUUUGGCACUUCUGCGUGGUUUAAAACUUUGCCUGCCCCUUUGGCUUCACAAUCUCCCAUUGCCUCCAGCCAACACUAAUCAGUCUAUGCCUUUCCGUGCUGCUACUCUCCCACAAGCAACUAUGGUUCUUGGGAGUAGGGAGGGAAACUUCUUUUAAGAGCGUCUGGAAAUAUUGUUCAGAGCUGGCUGAAAUAGUUUUUUGGAACAAAAUUCAAAGUUAUCAUUUCAGUACAUAAUAACCAUAGAAACUGAUUGUUAAAUGAAUUGGGCAUGAUUGUAUGCAUAUGUAGGGUUUGAAAUCAUCUAACAUAAUCUUGGGAAGAUGUGUUGCUUGCCAAUGCCCUUGGGCUUGCAGGCAUGGGCUAGAGUGUGUGGUUUUCCCAGGUGUGGAUGGAGGCGAGGGGAAGGCUUAGAGGUGUAUGACAGAGACAAUCCUAGGACGGUAUCAUUAUAUACUGAUAUGUUAUCAUGUACCGCGAGGGAGUUUUUGGUCUUUUGUUGUUGGAAAACAGAAGGAAUGGCAGGGCAGAAAUGUGAAAGUGAUCAAGAGAGAGAACAGGAAAGGCAAAGAAAGCAUCCUUGAUCUUGGGCCCUGAUUUUUGUCACUAAAACAUAGUGGGAAACCAGACUUUCCUCAAUAGACAUAAUGUUAUAAAAGUUUCUAGGUCCAUUCCUGGGAGCUCAGAAUACAUUUUCUCUCUGAAAUAAUGCUCUACAAGGGUUUUAUGAGUUAACAUUAAUAAAACAAAAACUCUUUACAGGUGUGUUUAUGUAAAAUGUUCUAAGUUCUCACUUAGGGGUAGCAGGAACACAUCAUUAAUAUAAAAUACUAACCUUGGAUAACAUGAAGAGUAAAAAGGUACAACCACCAGAUAAUUACCCC